ACUCAGAUGACCCCAUUCGUCAAAAAAACAGGUCGAAUGCAUUUUGUUUUACAACUCUGUAAGAAUGCUUGCUUGAUUGGAACGGGAAUAUAAAUACGGUAGAGUUGCUCAUUGAUUUUAGUGAAGUCUUACAAACCACAAGAAGAUCGCGAGAUGUACAAUAGAGUAGUAGUGCACAUUGUGUUGGCAGUCUUACUGUUGCUGAACCUAUGCGAAGUUCGUGGACUACGCUUGGCGGAACAAAAAUGCCAGGAGUAUCGGAGUACGAUUGCUUCCUUAACGUCUAAGAUGACCGGUAGGACGAAUAACUACGAGACACCACCGAACGGAAUACCAGCAACGGAAGGAGAAUUCCCCCAUCAGGUGCGCGUCGGACAAUGGUUCUACGAGGACGAAGAUACGGAACACAUUUUCCGUUGCGGUGGUGCCCUCAUUAGUGAUCGUUACGUUCUCGUUUCGGGUCACUGCUUCUGGACGAUGGGUGAUAAAAUGGCGUCACUUGGUCGACACGACUACACGCGUAACUCUACCCUACCGGAGGUGUUGCUCAAGCGAGAUGAUCUGAUUUUGCAUCCCGCCAUUGAUGAGACGGUGAAGGCAUCGUACAACGAUAUUGGAUUGUUACGGCUUGCCGAACCUGUCACCUUUACCUCUCACAUAUAUCCUGCCUGUCUUUGGACGGAGGACAAUUUGCCCGAAACACAGAAGUUUACUGUUACCGGAUUUACGAGAGGCAAGCUCGUUAACGACACAGAGGAUACACGUUUGGUUAAGGUACAGAUGAACCGUGUUUCCAAUGACGAGUGCACACAAAUGUAUGCCGAUAGUGGCUACUAUCCGCAAGGCGUCACCGAUUCAUUUCUAUGCGCGGCGUCUCCUGUCGAAUGGAAAGCAUCUUGCGAUGGUGAUGGUGGUGGCCUAAUGCAAACACUUGAUGACGAAUCUGGUGAUGUGUACCGGCUUAUCGGUUUAGAAGCCAAGGGUCACGAUUGUGACCAGCCGCAUCAGUCCUAUGCCUAUACCUAUUCCUUGGUACAGAAGCACCUGGAUUGGAUCGAGAGUGUUGUUUGGAGCACGUCCUAACGCCUAGCUAGAAUUGAAACUUUUAAAGCCAACGAGGGAAGUAAAUAAAACGAUUCCAAUUCGCAUGAACGGUGGAGUUAAGACA